AUGAUGCGAUGGGUGGAGCACGCCUCCACCAUGGCCUCGGGCGACCCGCCUUCCGCUAGAAGGUGCUGCCGCUCUCGCCCCGCCGCUCUCACAAAGCCGCUCUCGCCCCGCCGCUCUCGCAAAGCCGUUCUCGCCCCGCAGCCCUACCCCUUCGGCCUCGUCCCUAUCGCCUCUACCGCCCCCCGACUGUCCCCUGCGAGUGGCCUGCACGCAAGCGCGGCGGCGGGGAGGCGUGCAGCCAUUCGCAUGGCGCGCGCUCGUUGUCCCGCCCUGCGCGCGCCUCCUCGCUUGCGUGCAUGUCUUCUGCGCCCCCUUGUUCCGUCAC